UUUGGUUCCAAGUGGAAACACCGGCUUCUUUUGGUGUGUCUGUCGACUGUCUUUUUUUUUUUUUCUUCUCUCGCUGUCAUAUUUCUCCAACAUGGAGAUGGAUCGCUUUUGCAUGUAUCUCUACUGCUGUUAUUUCUCUGUCACCGACAUCCAUGUCUGCUCGCGUUGCCCUGCCAUCAUGGCUGCUUGCAUGGAUUACGAACCCAAGCCUCCCAUGACGAUGCGCUUCCGUCGAUGGAGCCGGUGAUGUCACGUGGGUCGCGUUUAUCCUUCAUUCAUCCCAUGUUUGGAUCGGUCUCGAAUCGUCCCG